AACCCACCACUCCAUUUUCUAUUCAAAACCCCUUCUCUAUAAAAACCCGCUCUCAAAAACCUCUCUCUCUCUUCACUGCAGAGAGUGAGAGAAAACCUAGAGAGAGAGAGAGAGAGAGAGAGAGAGGGAGGGAGAGAGAUGAAGGUGAUAGAGAAGAUCAGGGAGGCGACGGAGGGAAAUGGGAGGACCGUGUUCUCCUUCGAGUUUUUCCCGCCAAAAACGGAGGAGGGAGUCGAGAACCUCUUCGAUCGGAUAGGCUCGAUGGUGGCCACAACCCUACGUUCGUGCGACUACGUGGCGGCCCGGCGGAUCCACGCCGAUCUAACGCUGGACAUCGCCAACCGCAUGCAGAACAUGAUAUGUGUGGAAACGAUGAUGCACUUAACAUGCACGAACAUGCCUGUAGAGAAAAUUGACCAUGCUCUUGAUACUAUCAAGACCAAUGGGAUUCAAAAUGUUCUGGCACUUAGAGGAGACCCUCCUCAUGGUCAAGAUAAAUUUGUGCAAGUUGCCGGGGGAUUCGCUUGCGCACUUGAUUUGGUCCAGCACAUGCGAUCUAAGUAUGGUGAUUACUUUGGCAUCACUGUUGCUGGCUACCCAGAGGCACAUCCUGACAUGAUAGAUACUGAUGGAGUAGCAACUCUAGAGGCCUACAACAAUGAUCUUACUUACUUAAAGAGAAAGGUGGAUGCUGGGGCUGAUCUUAUUGUCACCCAGCUGUUUUACGAUACUAAUAUUUUUCUCAAGUUUGUAAACGACUGUCGUCAAAUUGGGAUUACUUGCCCAAUAGUCCCUGGCAUCAUGCCAAUUAAUAACUACAAAGGCUUUUUGCGGAUGACUGGAUUCUGCAAAACUAGAAUUCCACCUGAGAUCAUGGCUGCUCUGGAGCCAAUUAAAGAUAACGAAGAGGCUGUGAAAGCAUACGGAAUUCACUUAGGAACUGAAAUGUGCAAGAAGAUUCUAGCUCAUGGGAUAAAAACAUUGCAUAUGUACACACUGAACAUGGAGAAGUCUGCAUUGGCCAUAUUAAUGAAUCUUGGAUUAAUUGAAGAGUCUAAACUCUCAAGGUCCUUGCCAUGGAGACCCGCGACGAACAUUUUCCGUGUUAAAGAAGAUGUCCGGCCAAUUUUUUGGGCAAACCGUCCAAAAAGCUACAUCUCCAGGACUCUAGGUUGGGAUCAAUACCCUCGCGGUAGAUGGGGUGAUUCUAAUAACCCAUCAUACGGAGCACUUAGUGACUACCAGUUCAUGCGUCCACGAUCACGUGGCAAAAAGCUUCAAGAGGAAUGGGCCACCCCAUUGAAAUCGUUUGAGGAUGUACAUGAGAGGUUUAUGAACUACUGCCUUGGGAAACUUAGAAGUAGUCCAUGGUCAGAGUUAGAUGGGCUUCAAGCUGAGACUAAGAUAAUAGACGAGAAAUUGGCAAAUGUUAACUUAAAGGGUUUUCUAACCAUCAAUAGCCAGCCUGCAGUUAAUGGAGAGAAAUCUGACUCCCCAUCAGUUGGAUGGGGAGGCCCAGGUGGCUAUGUUUAUCAAAAGGCCUAUCUCGAAUUUUUCUGUUCAAAAGAAAAGCUAGACCUCUUAGUUGAGAAAUGCAAGGCAUUGCCGUCUCUCACAUAUAUCGGAGUGAACAGAGGAGGGCUUUGUGUGUCUAAUGUAGGCCCAAAUGCAGUCAACGCAGUGACUUGGGGUGUUUUCCCUGCUAAAGAAAUCGUCCAGCCGACUGUUGUUGAUCCUGCAAGUUUCAUGGUUUGGAAAGAUGAGGCCUUUGAGAUCUGGACAAAGAGUUGGGCUUGCUUGUUCCCUGAGGAUGAUCCUUCGAAAGAAUUACUAGAACUGAUCCAAAGAACUUACUACUUGGUUAGUCUGGUCGACAACGACUAUGUUCAUGGAGAUCUGUUUGCUGCAUUCAAGGACAUCUAAUGAUAAACUGAGCAUUUUGUGUUGCUGAAGCCUAAAGAUUCUUCCAGUUGCAAAAUUGGAAGGUGAUGUUAUUGCAGGAUGAUUGUCUGAGCAUUUGAAUUCCUUUUUUUUUUCUCCCUUACGAAUUUCCUUUUUUUCGGUGUGAAGGAGGGAUUUGUAUUAGUUUUGCUGGUGUUGUAUCAAUCUUGUACUACUUAUCCUUUUUUACUAUUAAAAAAAAAAUGUUUGCAUUGAAGAACUUCCGAUUGAAGCACAGCAAAAGAUCUAUUA